AUGGGAGCUGGCGCAAGCACACCUACGGCCUCCGCGGCCAACCCAGAUUCACCAGCUGCAUCCUGCCCUGUAGACCACAAGACCCGCGGAGUCUGGCUCUCACAAGGCCAGGGGACAGCGCCUCACCCGCUCCCAGCCUCGUCGUCCUCGACUCCGGAGGAAGCUCCGGCCUGCCCCAUUGAUCACAAAGCCCGAGCUGUCUGGCUCUCCACGUCCGAUACAUCCCCAAAUCCUACACCCGAAUCACAGUCCACAGCCCCAGAGAAACCUCCAGUGAAACUCCAAAGAGCUCUUUCAACCGAUAGAGAAGUCAGCAACAUUCCACGAGCUUUACCAAGCUAUUCCGAAAACCCGGCACCUCCCAAACCCUCCUCCCCAUACGCCCAACAAUCCUACCCCCAAGUGGCAUCACACGGCACUCCUUCAAACUCAGAAAAGGAGACAGGUCAUGACGAGCGCACAGGAAAUUGGGUCUACCCGUCUGAGCGGCAAUUCUUCGAAGCCCUAGUGCGAAAAGGCACGCCUACAUCGACAACAUCGGCCAAGGAGCUUGCUACGUCCGUGGCGUCUAUAAUACCCAUUCAUAACGCAGUAAAUGAACGCGCUUGGUCGGAGAUAUUAUCCUGGGAAUCGCGCUCACCCUCCCUAGACCCCGGGAGCCAAAAGUGUGGCGGGCCAAAAUUAUAUUCGUUUCGUGGGCUAGGAGCCGAGAGCCAAUUCCUGAGCCCAAGGGCGCGGUUCAAUGGCCUUCUCGGCUAUCAGCUUCCAUUUGAUCGCCAUGACUGGGUUGUGGAAAGAUGUGGUGGUGAAAGGGUCGAGUACGUGAUCGAUUUCUACCAAGGAAAGUCCGCUCAGGCCAAAGGACUAGGCCCUGCCAAUCCAGAUGGGAAGUUGAGCUUCUACCUGGAUGUCAGACCAAAGUUGAAUUCAUGGGAAGGGUGUAGAAUGAGGAUCAGCCGGUUUUUUGGGCUAUGA